AUGUUGAAACAUAUUGGUCAUUCACAUCACGCAAAACUUCAUACAUUCGAUGAUUUCUAUCGAGAUGAUUCCAAACCAAUAAAAACACGUUCAACAUCAACAGAUUCUAUUUCAACAAGUAAUUCAUCACCAACAUCUCCAUCAUCACCAAAUAGCAAUCCAUAUACAUUUUAUAAUAUAUUUUCUGAGUUUAAAUCUACAAUAACACCUGAUGUUGUUCUAGAAGAAGAUGAAACUGAACAAAAUGAUGAAAUUAUACCUCAAGAAUUAACUCCAGUACCAACAGCUGUAUUUUAUCUAGAAGAUGAUCAUCAUAAUCAUCAUCAAGCAACCUCACCAUCAUCUACAUCACCUCAUUGGCCAUCUUUAAUUCUGAAUCGUUUCCGACAUACAAAUAAUCACUAUCAUCCUCGUGGAAUAACUAAACAAAAUUCAAUAAAUGAAAAUCAAAUGAGUUUAACAAAAUUACGUAAAAGUGAUUUAACUGAUUCAUCAAUAAGUAAACAUCGUUUUCUUAAACGUUCAGAAACAAUAAAUACUGCAAAUGGUUUAACAGAUAAAAAAUCUUCAAGUGAUGAUUUUCCUGAAUUAUCAUUAUCAACAAAUAAUAAUAUGGUUAAAAAACAUCGUUCAUUUGUUUCAUUAUUACAUCAUUUUCAUCAUCAUCAUCAUCAUAGUAAUAAUCGUGAACAUCAUCAAAAUUUAUCAAAAAAAAAUCCAAAUCGAUCAAAUUCAACAGGAACUCUUAAUAUAGAAAAGGUGAUUUCAAAUACCAGUAAUGAAAUUUCACGUCCAAAACUCAUGAGACAAAAAACUGUACCUUCAAAUAGUGAAAAUCAUUCACCGGUGAAAAGUACUCCUUCAACACCAAUAUUACCAAAAAUUGCCUCUCUAUUUCAUCGCCAUCAUUUAUCUGAACAACAUAAAUAUCGUAUAGGCAAUUUAAAAGCUCGUCUUCAUCAUCGAAGAAAUUCACCACCAUUAACAAAUACAGCACCUAAAUUUCAAUGUCAAGCAUCCAAUGAACUUAUUCAAGAAAUUAAACAAUUAGAAGAACAAGAAUAUACGAAUCCUGAUUAUAUUCGUUGUCAACGUCCUGUUAAACCGGUGGUUAUGAAGCGUGUACAUACAUGGCAUAAUUCAUUUAAUUUACAACCAGUUGAUCAGUGCCUGGAAUAUUAA